GAGGCCCAGCGCUGACGGCCAUCUUUAUUUCUGGCAGGUCAGCUGAUUUGGGCUAGCUCCGAGCCAAAUUGUAGGCGGUAUCCUUUUUCUCUGGGGAGCGGUGAGGCCCUGCCUUCACACACUUCCCAUCCGUCUGCGCGCGCCCCCGCCUUCCCGGUGAGCCUGUUUGGCGGGAAGUUGGCUUAGUUGACCUACCUGUGGCUGAGCGAUUUUCCUCGUCCCCGCCUUGUUCUCCCCAGAGGCUUCUUAAUUCUUCCUCGGCAUAGGGCAUAGUACCCCUUCGCACGGAGGACGCCAUGGCUCCCAGGAAACGCCCAGAAGCCCAGAAGACCCCUGAGGUGGUUGUGCGCCCCAAGAGCAAGAGGAACAGAAGCCCCCGGGAGCUGGAGCCCGAGGCCAAGAAGCUCUGUGUGAAGGGCCCCGGUUCUAGCAGAAGAUUUGACUCAGGCUGCCUUUGGGCGGGGUUGGCUAGCCUGCGGGUCCCGCCGCUAUGCAGCAGCAUCGUCAGGGCCCUCCACCAGCAUAAGCUGGGCACAGCGGCCUGGCCAUCACUACAGCAGGGUCUCCAGCAGUCCUUUUUGAACUCUCUGGCUUCUUACCGGAUAUUCCAAAAGGCUGCCCCUUUUGACAGGAGGGCCACAUCCCUGGCAUGGCACCCAACUCACCCCAGCACCCUGGCUGUGGGCUCCAAAGGGGGAGAUAUCUUGCUCUGGAACUUUGGCAUAAAGGACAAACCUACCUUCAUUAAAGGGAUUGGAGCUGGAGGGAGCAUCACUGGGCUGAAGUUUAACCCUCUCAAUACCAACCAGUUUUUCACCUCCUCAAUGGAGGGAACGACUAGGCUGCAAGACUUUAAAGGCAACACUCUCCGAGUUUUUGCCAGCUCAGACACCUGCAACGUCUGGUUCUGCAGCCUGGAUGUAUCUGUCAAAAGCCGAGUGGUGGUCACGGGAGACAACGUGGGGCACGUGAUCCUGCUGAACAUGGACGGCAGGGAGCUUUGGAAUCUGAGAAUGCACAAAAAGAAGGUGACCCAUGUGGCCCUGAACCCGUGCUGUGACUGGCUCCUGGCCACAGCCUCCGUAGAUCAAACGGUGAAAAUCUGGGACCUGCGCCAGGUUAGAGGGAAAUCCAGCUUCCUCCACUCGCUGCCGCACAGGCAUCCUGUCAACGCAGCUCAUUUCAGUCCCGAUGGAGCCCAGCUCCUGACCACUGACCAGAAGAGUGAGAUCCGGGUUUACUCUGCUUGCCAGUGGGACUGCCCGCCAAGCCUGAUCCCACAUCCUCACCGCCACUUCCAGCACCUGACGCCCAUCAAGGCAAGCUGGCAUCCUCGGUACAACCUCAUUGUCGUGGGCCGAUACCCAGAUCCUAAUUUCAAAAGUUGUUCCCCCCAUGAAUUAAGGACCAUCGAUGUGUUUGAUGGAAGCUCAGGAAAGAUCAUGUAUCAGCUGUAUGACCCAGAAUCUUCUGGUAUCAUGUCGGUGAGGCCUGGGCCCUCAAAUAAUAAAUGGGAGGAGGCAGGGAUUCAACCUCUUGGAUCAAAAAUGACCAGUUACUCCUCACAUGCCCCUCUUCUGGUACCUCCACUCCCUCCUCACGCUCAUCCCCUUGUCUCUGCAGCUCAAUGAAUUCAAUCCCAUGGGGGACACGCUGGCCUCUGUGAUGGGUGAGUGUACAUGAGGCCGGUCAAGCCCAGCCUACUCCCCAAGGUUCAGUGCGGGCUCACCCCAGCUUAGCGCUGCUCCAGCCACCCCCAGGAUAUAGUCAGUGAAGUUGGUAACCAGGAGCCCACAGUCUCUUUGGACUGAGGGCCGGCCUUCUCGCUGAGUCUUGGCCAUAGCAGUGCCUGGCUGCUGCCCGGUUUCCUGGUGUCUCCUGACCAAGUGCUAGGUUCCCCACAUCAGCUCCAAGUUCUCAGAGGCUGGUGAUGGAAGGUGCCUCUGGUCUCACUCCUCCUAGGUUAUCACAUUCUUGUUUGGAGCCCGGAGGACGCUGGGACUCAGAAAUGAGAGACGUUAAUGAAGCGGGGGCCAAGCAGCGGCUUGGAGCCCCAUGAGAACAAGUUCUUUAACAGGA